AUGAAUUCCCAAUUUAAUUAUCAAGAUGUUUUACACGAACUUUCUUCAAAAGGAUACAAUGAAAUAUUAUCUAAUUCAAUAGUUGAAACCUCAAUUAUGAUAAAUAUUGAUCAAAAACUUGAGAUAUUUGAUAAUUCUGAAAUUGACAAAGAAAAAACUGAAAUUGCAGAAAUGAAUAUCAGAAGAUCGAUUAUUAAUGAAUACUAUUAUCCACUGAUUACAAUAUUUGAUGGAAUUUAUGAUAUUUGUUAUGAUUUACUCAAAAAAUCAUUGAAUUUCUGUUCAGACUUUCCAAAAGAGAACCUAAUGUAUUGCCAAGGAUCAUUGAUGAUGUUGAAAGCAUUUCUUGGAUUAUCAAGCUAUGCAAAUCAAUUUGCAAAGUUUGAAGAUUUUUUUUCUUUUUCUGAAAUAUUGAUUCAAAAGUAUCUAAAGAAUGGAAUCAAAAAAGUUCCAAAUAGUAUAAUAAAGAAGUUGUCCAAGUGUUUCCCAACAAUAAGAACAUCAUGGAAUGAAUAUACUAAGUUCAUUCUCAGAAAUCAAAUUGAUUUUGAUCUUAAUUUUGAAAAUUUAGAUUCAUAUUCAAUUAAUUUGAUGAUUGAUGCAUUUGAUAAAGAGUUCUAUGAUGAAAACAAUAAACCAAGAAAGAUUAUUCUCAAGCAGAUCUUGAAUAUAAUGUUACAUGCAGCUAGAUCUCCAGAUUACAUCUGGAAACAAGUUUGGAAUGAAAUCAAACAAAAAGUUUUGAUUGGGAUAAUACAUUACAAAAUAUGUUUGAAAUUUGUUGAGUUAUCAAUCAUUAGUUCCCAUAAUUCAGGAUAUAACAGACAAGAUGAGUUGUUUGAAGCAUACUUAACUGCUUAUCCUGAUGCUAAUGAUAAACAAAAAACGAGAAUUGUUGAUUCUAUUUCAAAUGUAAUUAAUUCAUUGAAAGAUCAAAUUAGUUCUUCAUGGAUUUAUAUCUUGCAAAUUGUUGCAUUGGAUGAGAUGAAAGACAAUCAAAAUUGUUCAUCACAAGCACUUGAUAUUCUUGAGAAAUGUGUCAUUGAUUAUAGCAAACAAUCAAGGAAAUAUGCAUCAUAUAUAAUCACAACAAUUUCUCAAAUUUUGAACACAUCAAAUUGCAUUGAAACAAGAUUACGUGUUGUAUCAUUGAUUCCUUUAGUUGCUGAUAAUAUCAUCAACAAUGUUGAAGAAUUCGAAAUGUUGACUGAUGUUUUAAUGACAGUGUUUGCUGAACAAGAAGAAAUCAUUGUUGAACUUGGUGAAUCUUACACUUAUAAGAUCAUUUCAAGUAUCAUCGACAAAAGAGAUUAUGUUGAUGUGAUGAUGACUAAAAUAUGUCAAAGAAGUUUCUCAUCUGAACAAGGAGAACUCAUCAACAAACUGUUCAAAGAGAAUAAGAUCCCUCUCUACGUGAAUUUUAAUGGUUACAGCAUUGCUUGA